GUAAGAUCGAUGACCGCACAGCAUGCAAGAAGUUUGGAGAGUUGAAGGACGAAGUGCCCCGCUUUCGGGCAAGCUUACGGUUGGCACCACAGGCUCCACUGUUCAUGCGUCAGAUUAGCCUGGCGAAUCAUGAGCUGGGCGACCGUGCGGUGAGAGCCCUCGUGGAGCCCCGUCCCGUCUGGCCAUGAACUCCGUCCAGCCAGCAACCAUCCUUUGCUCUCACCGGAGUGCUGGCUUGACACCGAGGCGCGCCGUGCCACACGGCCUCCCGUCGCGCAACCGAGCAGUGCACGGGCUCCGCGUGGUCGUGGUGUCGACGUGGCGCCGCCGGAUCUCGACCCGACCGGGUCGACGGGGCGUUGCGGCCAGCAGCGCGGGCGCCAGCGCCGCUGCGGAGGGCGCUGCCGGGGGCGCCGAACGUCGCAAGCAGUUGUCGCUGGAGAAGUUCUUGAUGCUGCCAGAGAAGUGGACGAAGGCCACGAACGCCUCGGCGAACGCACGGAGUCCGAGUCCAACGAGUGACGCGGAAACCGCUUCGUCGCGACUGGGAGCCACUCGAGCGCGCCGGCAGCUGAUGCUGGAGAAUGCGGCAGCCAAGGGGGACCUGGAGCAUUUGAGGGAUCUCCUGGAGGUAUGCGCAGCCAUCGUUGAUCCAGGACCGCAAGAGGCCUGGGAACCUCAUCUCUAUCCUGGCUGCAGUUACCAGAAGGCCUCAUAUCCCACGAAGCCCGGAGGACCCCAUGCGGUUGAACAUGAUGAUGGGCCUGAUGAGGGCGCGGAGUCGGAGGCGCCUACCGUGGAUGCCCUGGUUGAAGAUCAGGAAGAGGCAAGUGUGGGCGGCCAGACCUCGCCGCCAAUCAAGAAGAUCGAUUCCAGCGAGUUGAUCACUCCUCCACCUCGGAGUGUGGACAACAUCGAGACCCAGCCCAUGCUUCCCUCCGAAGCCGCGGUCUAUGCCAAAGCGUAUGAGGCCAAGCAACGCAAUGCUAGGAAGUCUAAAGCAUACCGGAGAGCUUACAAGGAAGCGCAGGAUAACGGGUUGAGUGCAGAGGAGUGCGGUGCAUCCGCGAUGGGCUGGAAAACUCGUGCCAGCUUGAAAGGUGUUCGUGGCAGUGGUGGGGACCUCAACCUGUUACCGAGUAGGCUGACCUUAUACUCCAUCUUGAAUCAGGACACCGGCGGGCUCACGCUUUUCGUCUUCCAGGUCUUCUUUUGGAUGGCUUUGCACGGGGGCUUGUCGGCCAAAAGGAGUGUGUUCUUUGGGAACGUCUGCUCAAUGGGGCAGUUGGACAAGGGCAAGUUGACGAACAAAGAGCGUGCCAAACGCACCAAGAAUACCACAACGCGCAAAUAUGUUGACAAGUCUGGGAAGAAACGAUUUGUUGGAGAUAAGAAGGCUUUGAAGGCCAGCCAGUACCGGCCUUGGUACUUUGCAUGGUGUAGUCAAUGA